AGCAAAGCCGUAAACGGUAAAGAUAGUGUGACUGGACGACAGGCUUGAAGCAACAUUCUCCAUAUAGGAAUCAAAGGGGGAAAAAAACUCUUCAACCGUGAAAACUCUUCAGCUAAAAAAAAGUGUUGAUAUUCAGAACUUGAAUAUCUCCUGAUUACACAUGCCACUUUAGUUGAACUUCGAGCCCGAUGUUUUAACAAUGCGUUUACUUUUAAGAAAUAUUUUUAUUUUCUCGGUUCUGAUAGUUAUUUCAGCAAACGACGUGUGUGAUAAGGAAGAUAAAGAGUGUAGAGAGAAGACAAGUGAAAAAUCAAAAUAUUCUAAAGAUGCAAAGAGUAAUAAAUGGAAGAAAUACCUGAAGAAGAUAGAAAAAGCUGUAAUGGAUUAUACGGAUUGUUCACAAGAGGACUGCAGCUGUUAUAGAAGUGUUAUUGAAGAAGAUUUAACUCCCUGGAAGAGUGGUAUUACAGAAGAAGUCUUCAAACAGGCCAGAAGUCAAAAAUAUGGCUCCCAUUAUCAAAUUAUAAAUCAUAAACUUUACAGAGAGGAUGACUGUAUGUUCCCAGCAAGGUGUAGCGGGAAUGAACACUUUAUUCUGGAGGUAAUAAAGAAGUUACCUGACAUGGAGCUUGUCAUUAACACUCGAGACUGGCCACAGAUUUCAUCUUAUCAACAACCCAUUCCUGUCUUCUCCUUCAGUAAAGUGAGGGGGGAGAGUCAUGACAUCAUGUACCCCGCUUGGACGUUUUGGGAGGGAGGACCAGCGGUCUGGCCAAUCUAUCCCACAGGACUGGGGCGCUGGGACCAACAAAGGGAGAUAAUUUCAAGAGCUGCCAAGAGCUGGCCUUGGGAGAAGAAGAAAAAUAAGGGAUUCUUCCGUGGAUCUCGAACCAGUUCAGAGAGAGACCCCCUGAUUCUACUGUCUAGGUCUAACCCAGAACUGGUGGAUGCUGAGUACACUAAAAACCAGGCCUGGAGGUCUGAGGCAGACACAUUACACAGACCCCCAGCAAAGGAUAUCAAGUUAGAAGACCACUGUGAUUACAAGUACUUAUUUAACUUUCGGGGGGUCGCUGCCAGCUUCCGUUUUAAGCAUCUGUUUCUCUGUGAUUCUGUAGUCUUCCAUGUAGGGAGUGCCUGGUUAGAAUUCUUUUAUCCUGCCAUGAAACCCUGGGUCCAUUAUAUUCCAGUCAAAGAGGACCUCUCAGAUGUUGUGGAACUUUUGGAGUUUGCAAAAGAGAAUGAUGAUGUUGUCCAUGAAAUAGCCAAAAGAGGUCGACAGUUUAUUUGGGAUCAUCUCAGAAUGGAAGACAUCUCCUCUUACUGGGAAACUCUACUUAAAAAAUAUGCCAAACUGUUAAAAUUUAAACCUAAACGAAACAAGAGUUACUCACAAAUUAAAUAAUUUAUGAACAUUACUACUAAAGAAAUACACCAAACUUUUAAGAUUUAAACCAAAAUGAAACAAGAGUUUCAAGCAAAUCAAAUAAUUUAUGAUCAUUUCUCUUUUGAUAGUUUUUUUUAAAUAGUCUUUUAUAAUUAUUUUUUUUUAUACACAAUGGUUAGUGGAUUUAUGUUGUAGUAAAUUUUAUCUCUGCCAUGUACAUGUAUGUUAUAUCCUUUUGACCUAGGGGCAUUUUUAGAGGUGCGUGGCCAUAACAAAAUAAAAUGGAUGUAAAAUUCUAGGUUUAUAUUGCCAUGAGUGAUUUUGUGGAGGACCACCAUAACAUUAUAAAACAGAUAUUGAAAAAAAAAACUUUUUUAUAGUCGCAUUGUACAGUACAUGUACAUGUAAAAACGAGUAAUAUUUUUUCAUUUCCCUAUAUAUUCCGUAUAAACUUUUCAUACUUUUAUGAAUUAUCUUGGCACAAUUGUUCCAGAGUUGAUGUAAUUUUUCUGAAUGAUUGCGUUUCAGUACACUAUACACCUGCUAGAAUAAAAUUAUUUGAAGUCAUGAAAACGUUUCUUACAUAAAAUAUUCAAAUGUCACGAUACCAUGUCAACUUUUGUUGAGAGUAUAUUUCAGUAUGUUAAUAACAAGUUGUAAAAACAGCUGUAAUGUAUUUUAAAUAUGCAAUAUUAUGUUUGAUGUAUUUAAAUGGUACAGUUUUCUUCUGUAAUUUUUUCUCUCUAUAUUUUGUUAUAUAAUACAUAUAUGUAAUAUAGUGUUGAAUCGAUUGAAUUUGUUAGCUUAGUGUGUUAAAAAAAGAUCCAGAUUUGAAAAAAAGAUAAAUAUAUCCUCUUUAAUUAUUAUGCUUAGGCUGUCCUCCAGGAAAUCACCCUAGGCUGUUUGAACUCGGUUUUUAUAUCCUGUUUAUUAUGUUACUGCCACCAAAGGAUAAUUUAGAUUUACAUGCCAUAUACAUGUAUCAGUCUAUCUAUCUUCAUAUGUAUUUUAUAUAGCUAAAUUUCAUUCUGGUGGAAUAUUUAUGCCCCCCUUUGAAGAAGGAAGGGUAUAUUGCUUUGCUGCUGUCUAUCAGUCGGUCGGUCUUUCUGUCAGUCCACCAACAGUUUCCAUUCAUUUUCUUUGCAGAGGUUACACAUACUGAUUGAAAUGAAAUUUGGUAUACAGAUUUAUCAUAAGAAUAUCUAGGUCAACUUCUCUUUUGGGUACGAUCAAGCAAUUUUUGACAGAGUUAUGCCCCUUGGACUUAGAAAAAUUCCAAUUAUUGGGGGGGGGGGGGGGGAUAAGUGUUUCACAAACAUUUCUUGUUUACUUUCAAACAUGCAAUUGCAAUUAUCAUAAAUUACAAAAAUGAUAAUCAGCUAAUUUAAUGAUGUUAGAAUGUUGUCGGUAGGAAAUGUGUGAUUGUGAAAUCCAGAGUUUAAGGUCAAACGAUACGUUCCUCAAAUAUCUGUUUUGCAAGUCUUCGUAAUGUAUGAAAAAUAUUCAAAAUUUUAACUACCUUCUGAUUUCUUAGCAGGUUUCUUACUAUCUUAAAAUAAUCGAAACACUAAAAAUGUGAUAUUGACAUAUAAAGAUUUUCCCAAAAGGAUAAAAUAGGAAACAUCAUCCUCUGGUAUCUUGCACAAAUGCCUGGUAAGGUACCUCAAUUUUUUGUGAGUAAACAUGUUAAAGUAGCAAUACUUCAAUGACAAAAUAUUAGAAAAAAUUAUAUAUUAUUGAGGAACGUAUCGUCUGUCCUUAAUGCAAAAUCCAUUUACAUCAGUUCCUUCUUUAGAUUAAACUGACAGUUGCAUGUACACUAUUUCUUUUCAUGUACAUUUAAAGUACAGAUAAGCAUAUAGAUUUGACUUAUUCGUACCUAGAUUUUCAAAAAAUUAUGAUGGGCUUCCAAUUUAUACAGCAAUUUUAUUGUUCAGAUAACAAGAUUUUGUUUUCAAUAAAUAAUACAGUUAAGA